AUGUUGGAAGCAUCGAGCAACAUCGUGGGAUCGCAGCAAUCCUUCUUUGCGACGCUCCUGAGCCAGUCUGGAGGCUCUGGCGAUCUCGAUCAAACCCGGAAGAUCCACUCCCGGAUAGUGGACAGCGGCUACUCCAAAGACAAGUUUCUCCUCAAUCUCAUCAUCCAGGCUUACGGAAAAUGCGGCAGUGUCGGAGAUGCGCGCCGUGUCUUCUCCGCGAUCGAUCACCCCAAUCUCUUCUCAUGGAACAUCAUGAUCCAAGCAUAUGCCCGAAACGGGCAUCUAGAUGAAGCGCGUAACCUCUUUGAUCGAUCUCAUUCCCCCGAUCCAGUCGCAUGGAAUGAAAUGAUCACUGCCUAUGCGCAGCUUGGCGAGAUGGAGGAAGCCAAAAUUUUGUUUGAUCGAGUGCCAGAAAAGAGUGAAAUCACCUGGACCGGGAUGAUAACAGCAUAUGCCAGAAACGGGCAUCUGAACGAAGCCAGGACGGUGUUUGACGCAAUGCCGAUCGAGAAGAAAACCAUAGCUUCGUGGACGGCAAUGCUCCAGGGCUACACCCAAAACUCCCGGAUCGAUCAGGCCCUUGAUUUCUUUCAGACGUUCCCGGCCCACAACGUGGUCUCCAUCACCGCCAUGGUGUCGGCGCUCACGAGCCACGGCCGUGGCGACGAGGCCGAGAUGCUGUUCUUAUUUAUGCCCGCGAGGAAUUUGCUCUCCUGGACUGUGAUGAUCCAGGCCUACUCCAAGCAGCAGCGCAUCGAUCGCGUCCGCGAGCUCUUCGAGUCGAUGCCCGAGAGGGAUCUCAUCAGCUCCACGGCGGCGCUCCAGGCAUUCUCCCGCGGUGGCGAUCUCGACUCGGCCAAGCGCGUGUUUGAUUCCAUGCCCGAGCACAACACCAUGUCGUGGGGAUCAAUGGUGGUGGCGCUUGCGGAGCGGCGGCGGCUCGAGGAGGCGGCGCUGCUCCUGGAAGCUAUGCCUGGCGAGAAGAGCGUGGUGGGAGCAACAGCGCUAUUCCAGGCGUAUGCCCGGGAUGGGCAUCUAUGCGAGGCUGAGAUGAUCUUCCGCGAGAUGGGUGAUCGCGACACCAUUGCCCAUAAUGCGAUGCUCCAGGUCUACGCGCAGCACGGCCAGAUGGGCGACGCCAUUGCGGAGUUUCAAUCCAUGGCGUGGCGAAGCUCCUCAUCAUGGAACGCGAUGCUCUCGGCGUAUGCCCAGCACGGGCAUGUGGAUCACGCGGCGGGUUUCUUCGCGGCUAUGCCAAUCAGGAGCUCUCCUGUGGCGUGGAACGCCAUGAUCGCGGCGUAUAGACGCAACGGCAAGGACGAGCGCGCGAUUUCCUCCUUCUGGGCGAUGAUCCUCGAGGGGAUCCCGUGCGAUGCGUCGACCAUCGCGAGCGUUCUUGGGAGCUGCAGUCAUGCGGGGAGAUUUGCCGAGGCGUGGAACUUGUUCCUGGCAAUGAAGAAGGACUUUGGCGUGGAUCCAUCACACGAGCACUACUCGUGUGUGGCGGACGUUCUCGGGAGAUCUGGACUGGUGAGAGACGCCGAGGAGCUCAUCAAGACAAUGCCAUUCGUUCCAGAUGAGCGUGGCUGCGGUGGAUUGCUCAAUGCUUGUAGAGUUCAUAGGGAUUUGGAGAGAGGAGCAAAGGUGGCGAUGAAUGAGUUUAAAAGUGAGAGGAGCGAGCCUGUAAGUUACAUGCUUCUUGCAAAUUUGAUUACUGCUAAGAUACCAAGUUUGGCUUCUGAUUCAAAAUAG